AUGGGGAAGACAGUCGGUAAACCAGCUCUGCUCAGAGCUCCUGAUCAACCUCCUGGGAAUGAGGGACUAGGACCAGGCCAAAGCUUCCAUGACAUCAGGGAGCUGCUGGAGGUGGGAGGGAGCCCACCUUCUGUCUCUUUCCCUCCCUCUGUUACUCCUUAUCUUCAGUUAGUCCUCUGGGCUUGUUUCCCCACUGGGUGGGACAGAGUUGAAAGGAGAAGGGAGGAUCUCCCAAGAGGCAAUCCUUUGUCCUCUGGGGUAAAUGAACUUGACCUAGUGCACAUGGAGACCAAAAGCCUCUGGUUUUUAAUUUCCAUAAAAAUGUUAGAGAGAGAAGUAUAUAGAUAUAUAUAUAUAUAUUUCUUUAAAUUUUUGAGUCUUUGA